AUGUCGCAUCAGAAACAGGAAGUUAUCGAUAAGCUGAAGGCAAGAGGAGCUCUUUGGAAUACCCAUUGGCAUCUUGCCGGACGCAACUGGUGGAAGUACAAAGGUGAAGAGAGCUACAACCUGAAAGCUGUGGAUGUUUUCAAUGUUAGCAAGUAUCACUCCUUAGCAGGAGGCACUCCUGACGGGGUCGAAACAGAGAACUUCACUAGAAAGCUCAGGGACGACUUGAAGCUGAACUUCGAGUCCAUGACGUACAACAGAAGGUCGAUAGUGUUAGCAUCAUACCUCGCUGCGCUGGAUCGAUUGUUCUUCUUCGGUAUCAUUACCGUGCCACAGCCUGACCCGUCUCUCAUGGCACCGGGACAGCCGUGGCGACCGGACCCGCAGAAGAUGGUCAUCACGUUGCGGUAUCUCUCGCAGCAACCCACCGUCGAGGGCAUAACGUAUGGCAGAUGGUGGCCUGAUCUCAACACCAUCGACGUAUAUUCCGCCCGCAGGGACGGUACGUUAUUCGAACUCCCUCAACUGGUACUGACACUGGGUCAUGAGAUGACCCACGCGUGGCUGGGCAUAUUUGCGUACGAAGACGCGCGGGAUCGUCUGCUGCGGCGAGUUCUGGAAGUUGAGGUCGACGGCGGGCACGGCCGCUAUUUCUACGAGCAGUGGUACUUUAUCACGAGAACUCUCGUAAAGCUCUUGCCAGAGGUGAGUAGAUUCAGAGAAGUACUUGCUGACCUGUACGGGGACCUGCAGACAGCGCGUACCGUCGACGAACACGUCCUUCAGCUAGAGAAGGAAGAGCAAGAGCAAAAGGAAAGAGAUGCGGCAGCAGGAUCGCCAACAACCCCAGGACAUCCUUCGAACGUCACCAUGGAGAACGUUGCUUGGUUCGACUUCACCUACUUCAUGAUCAUUAUAGGUGCCCUGUAUAUUGUUGGUGGGAUUUGGUCGGACCUACGGCUGCCUCCAUUUAAUUGCGUGAUGAACGAUGAACCCGAUGAUUAUGACUCCAUAUACGGCCAGGCUCUCACGCCCACCCAGUUGGCGAGGAAGGGAGUCAUUAGGAUGAUCAAGUGGCUUCUAGUCUUGUAUGUACUGGGUUAUUUCUUUGGUUUCUGGUAA